AUGGCUGUGGUAUCAGAAGCGUUCAUCAGUGUUGACAUCGUACCUCAGAACAGCACUGGACCAGGCGGCCGAACGUCAUGGGAUCUGUUUACAAGGGUUACCUGGCAACGACCUGCAGGGUUGGAGCCAGAGGAUAUGUACGUUUUGAGGUUGACAAGUUUCGAUGGAAUGAUGGGAGGAGAAAGUGUUUUGACCGAUCCUUGUCUCGUUGGUAACGAGGAAAUCAUGGUGUCGAAAGAGGAACAUUUCUUCAACAACCUGAGUUUUGGACAACUCUACGAACUUGAGAUUCAUCUUUUCCGUCCUGGAAGACAACAUAAAUCAUUACAGGGAGCUAUGAAAUCAUUCCAGACACCAGAGUGCCUACAGGUCACAGGCGAUAUGGACUACUGCAUGAAUCGAGUCAUCGUUCAGUACUCUGGCGCCCCCAUCGACCCUCAUGUGAACAGUCUUUGCCGCAACAGUUCGACGAAUCUCCUACAAGUAUCUGUAUCAUGGCUUCCACCAUUCCAAGUCAAUGGAAACAUCUUCCUGUACUCCAUAGACUUCGGUAUAGUGGUGACCCCUGCCCCGGAUGUAGUUGUGGAACCUCCUUCGAUGUCAUUUCAAACAUUGAACAUUUUCAUGCCUGUUCUGUCGAAUGAGACAAAUCAGACGGACUUCCGAAUUUCAACAACACUUCAGGGUCUCGAAGAAGGGCAGCUUUACUACGUCAAGAUAACACCCGUUGUCGACUCGCUGGUCGAUGGCGGUAAAUACCCCGGUGAUGAGGUAGAACUGACGUUCGUUACCGCUAACUGGACAGACCCAAUGGGCGAGACCACGGAAAUAAACCUUGUGACCCCACUGUGCGAGAUCCUAGACGACCCGACGAUUGUACCAACUGAAAAUGAUACAUUCACAGACAACACUACGACAGAGAUAGAGACGAUGACCUCGUCAUUACCGUCAUCAACGAUCACGGGCGACACGACGAUGAUGUGGACAGCAACCACACCAGCCAGACUUCCACCGACGCCGAUGGAGCCGGCGCACAUCGCUCUCAUCGUCAUUUUCUCGAUACUCAUCAUCCUCGUCAUCGUCGUGUUCAUCGUGAUCACGGUCCGGAUGGCGAAGACUGGUCACGUGACCAAGUUACCACAGCUCUCACAAAUACCAACCAUGUGCAAAAAGCAGAACCAUUCGGACGGAAGUCAGAAGAAAAAAGACUUGAGUAUGACAGAGAAAGGCGUGAAAAUAGUCAACGAGAAAAAGCCGGAGAAAAAGACAAGCAAACCGAACGGAACUGCGAAGUCACAAAAAUAGCGAUUGAGCGUGUCUACAAGAACUAUGUGACCAAGUGAACUUGAUGAGACACUUUUCUGAAUCACGAUGAAAACAUUAUCCAUGGAUCAAAACAUGCAUGUCAAAGAAACUGAAUAGAACGACUAUGCAAGAUCUAUGUCUACCUGGAUAAUGUAUGACACUUGUUGAAUCGUGAUGAACACUUAUUUGUGUGACGAUGAACAUAGAUUGUCACGUUCUUGAUAUUUGAUAAAUCAUCUUUUUGAGAUUCUUGUUCAUGUCUUCCUACUCUUGUUGAGGGCAUAUUCUUAUCAGGAAUAUACAAAAUGUACACGUAUAAUUAACACCUUGUGACUUACAAUCAACGUCAAAACUGAAUGUUUAAAUUGUCGUUGAGGGGGCGUGUACCCGGAGUGCAAAAUGUAUAACAUGCGUGCUUCCUUACAGUUUAUGGAUAAAAGUUUAUAGGGGCGCGGGAAAAUCCUCUAUGUGCAAGGGAAUACCUCCUCCCCCUUAGUUGAAAGAAAGAUGUUUAAUCAUGAAGAAGCAUUUGAUUUAUUUCAUGCACUGUUGAGACUUCCUUAAAAAGAUUAAAUAAAUAGAUUACCAGAUUACUUAAAGGGAUCGUUUAACAACGUUAAAUCUGAGAUGCAUGGCCCUACGUGUUAUCAUCAGUGUCUG